CAAAACUCAUACGCAAGCAGGCUGUCAGCCUCACACCCCCACCUCCUUUUCCUCCCCUGAAGCCCCGCUAUCUUUAGCACUGUCGCGGAUUACCGUGCGCUGCGAGCCGGCUAGACUACCUGCUCCAUCGCUGCCCCACAGCACCGAAGAGAGCUCUUUAAAACGAACUAAACGGCGACAUCAAACCCCGAAAAGGAUGGGGGAAUGACUACAAAAUCCCCGUCCGCGGUUCUCCGUUCCCGACAAGACUACCAUCACCACCUCCGCCACCAGCGACGAUGCUGCCGCUCUCCAGCCCGCGGAGCGAACGCCAACGCCGGGCCUCGACGCUGCUCCUGGCCGCGGUCGUGCUCUGCGUCUUCCGCUCCGCUGCUAGCCUUCCAGCCAGAAGAACCUGCCCUCACCACAUCGACUGUGCCAAACAGGGACGCUACCUGUGCCGGCCUGGCUCCACCACCUGUGGCCCGUGCCUCUCCGUUCUGGUGGAGGAUGAGAUGGGUCGCUGCGUGAUCAAAAAGAGAUAUCGUCACCACGCGAAACCGCCAAUCUAUCCAGACCUGGAUGAAGAGAUCGAUUUCAUCCACUCGUACAUUGAAAAACAGGAAGUGUCUGCCAUUGAACCCCCUAAGACGCAUUUGAAACCUCCCGUCUUCUCGGCCAACGGCGGAAGCAAGAUAGCCGCCUCUGAAGAGGGCCAGCCGAACAACGGCGGCCCCUCAGCCCAAAACCACAACGGCACCGCUGCCGGCUCCGUCCGAGCAAGUCUGAGCAACGCGUCCACGCCGCAGCCCACCCGAGUGGACGGUCGAGCCGGCCCGCUCAUCCAGAACGCUCACAAGGACGACAAGAUCAUCAUCAUUGUCAUCUCCUUGUUUGUGGUGAUCGGCACCGUCGCAUUGAUCAUGGCGACCGUCUGCUACGUCAAGUUGCGUAAAGAAUCGCGACUGGCUCAGAAGGUGGACUAUCCGGCCUUCAGGGGAGCGGGUGUGACCGCCACCGCAGGUGCCGGGAAAUCGAUUGGUGAUAAAACGCUGGCGCAAAGUGCUCAAAUGUACCACUAUCAGCACCAAAAACAGCAGAUGCUUUCUAUUGGAAAUCACAAACCAGAACAGAAAGUCAUUGACUCCGAGAUCACCUCAGACGAAGAAGAGGCGGGAGACUUCACGGUGUACGAAUGUCCCGGACUUGCACCGACUGGCGAGAUGGAGGUGAAAAACCCUCUGUUUGACGACUCCUCCAUGCAAUAUCAGGGGAAUCAAAAGUGAAAUGCUGAACACAACACGUGCAAACACUCACACUGCAUGCAGACAAAUGGAGGAAACCUGCCAGAAGACAAGACGAUUAAAAAGAAAAAAAAAUCAAACAAAAAAAAAAAGGUAUUGUUUCUCGCUUUUGGCCCUUGACUAAUUCUUCCUUGCUUUCUCCAUGCCUCCCUCCUCCCGCUUUUUAUGACCCCCCCCCCCCGUGUAUUGUCGGGUUCUUUGUGGAUUUUAAGUCUUUUAACACAAAGGCUCCUCCUUAAGUUGUUGCUGUGAGCAUCCUGUCCUCAAAUUAAAUUUUAAAACUCUUUACG